UCCCAUAAGGUACCAGUGUAAAAAAAACCCAUCAACAUUAUAUUUUAAGAAAUUAUUAAAGUCUGAGUGAAAUGGAGAAAUUUUUGGUAAAAACUGACAGGAAAAAGGUAGCAACAGAUGAACAUGCAGUUAAAGUUUUGCUAAAACAAACUACAAUAGAAUCUUUGAAGGGUGUUGUUGUAAUAGAAGACAUAGAAAGAUUGAAAAAUAAAUUAAAACUAAAGAAUCAGUCUAAAGAGAUUAUGAUUGAGAGUAUACAAGAACUUGGUAGAAAACAACCACCAAAACAUGUUUUAUUAUCAACCAAAAUAGGUAAAGUAAUUAACAAAUUGAGAAAGAAUGAAGAUUUAGAUAUUGCUGAAGCUGCAACUAUUGUUUAUAAAGAGUGGAGAAGUCAUUUAGAAAAUAAUUUAUCAAAACCAUUAAUAGAGGUAAAAUGUGAUCCAAAGUCUGAAAAAAUGAGAAACUCUGGAAGAAAAUUUUUAACUGAUGCUCUAAAAACUGAGGUAACAGACAGACUACCAGAAGCUAUUGAAAGAGAAUGUUUUCAUCAGAGUAACAGACUGUUAAAUGUUCAUUAUAAAAGAACCAUGCGAGCUAUUGUUUUUAAAUUAAAACAUCAAGAAAGUGUUAGGAACAGUGUUUUAAAGGGAGAUAUAAGGGUAGAGGAACUAGUUAGAACUAAUAAGAAAUAAUAUAUACUGCUACCAAAAAGAUCUUAUAUAGGUGUAAAUGGAAAUUAGACUUUGGAUAGAAUUUUAUACUGAUGUGUGUGUGUGUGUUUUUGUGACGUCCCAUUCCUGUUGCGAUGUAUGCUUCACUUAAAAUGAUAAGCAAGGGAGGUAACCCUUUCCAUCCCUCAAAUCAAAUUGCUCAUCUCUCCUUCGCCUAAGCAGAAAAUUUUAAUUAUUGAGACACUCACCUAAUGAACAUCUGCUCCAAGUUUCAACAUUAUAUCAGAGUUAUUGUGUACCAUAAUGUGUUACAGACAGACGAUCCUGUUGCUAUAAAAAGUGAUGGACAAUACAACUAAAAAAACAUUUCAAUGCACAUGUAAUUAAAUGAAUAACAAUCAGAUUAUAAAAUAUUUGAUUAAAAAUGUUGUAAACAGGGCUUGCCACGAGACGCGAGUAAUUACUUGCGCGCACGCUACGCUCGCGUAAAACCAAAUUUACGUGAGUGAUUAAGUACUCGCGCAAAUAUAAAAAAUAAUUUAAUCAGAAAUAAUUGAAUAUCGUAAUAUAAAAAGCCGUAAACAAUUUGUAUGCCUUCAUAUCGAUGCACUAUUGCGCACGCGGCGUGUCUUUCCAGUGCCAACUGUUGUUACUAAAAAUACUUUGAGACGCGUACUGCCAGGCGGUUUUUAAGCGGAUGUCCUUUGCCGUGUCUGGAUAAUCAAACAUUGAGCGGAUGUUGUCGUUUCUAUUAAUAGCAAUUCUUUCGAUCCCGCAUCUUUUCUGCAAAUUGAUGGGAUUGAAAUUGUUUUGCCUGUUCUUUUACCUUUCUAAGCUUUACCCGAAUCCCCUCAGCACGCCAACAAUGGCAAAGGGAAGCCCAGUUUCUCUUGCAACGUUCUUGUCAUGGGAAGACGAUUUACAGAUAAUAUUACUGCCAAGGAAAUAAAAGAGUAUGCAUUGUCA